CGGUCAUGUGAUCAGCUGUGUCUAAUCACAGCUGAUCACAUGGGACAUGUACACUGAUAAUCAGGGCACUGAUGAUCAGUGUAGCCCCAGCAGUGCCACCUAUCAGUGCCUCGUGCCAGUGCCCAUCAAUGCCACAUCAGUGCCUUCCAGUGCACAUCAAUGCCACAUAUCAGUGCCCAUCUGAGCUGCCUUUCAGUGUCACCCAUCAGUGCUGCCUUUUUCAGUGCCCAUCAGUGCCACCUAUCAGUGUCCAUCAGUGCAGCCUAUCAGUGCCCACCACUGCAACCUCAUUAGCGCAUAUCAGU